AAUGGGCCCUUCCUUUUACCGAGUUCUCCUAUGGGUUGGCUUCACUGCUCCAAUCUUCUGCGUGUCCUUAUCCAGUUCCAAUCCCAGCAACAGAGAGUCCCCCCGGCCUCCCUCCAUGAAGAGCAACCCAGCCUCAAAGGUGUCUCCCAGCAACACCAUGUUUGCCUUCUCCCUGUACCGGAGAUUGGUUCAGGAAAGCCCAGGUCAGAAUGUCCUCUUUUCUCCUGUGAGUAUCUCUACCUCCCUGGCCAUGCUGUCCCUGGGGGCCCGCUCAGCCACCAAGACGCAGAUCCUCCGCAGCCUUGGCUUCGACCUCAUGGGCAUGCCAGAGCCCACCAUCCAUCUGGGCUUCGAAUACCUGGUCCACUCACUGAAUGCAUGCCACAAAGACCGGGACUUGCGGAUGGGCAGUGUUCUCUUCAUCAGGAAGGAGCUGCAGCUGCAGGCCAAUUUUCUGGACCGGGUCAAGAAGCUUUAUGGGACAAAAGUCUUUUCUGAAGACUUCUCAAACGCUGUCACUGCCCAGGCACGGAUCAACAGCUAUGUGGAGAAGGAGACCAAAGGGAAGGUGGUGGAUGUAAUCCAAGACCUUGACUCUCAGACCGCCAUGGUCCUGGUGAACCAUAUCUUCUUUAAAGCCAACUGGACACAGCCCUUCAGUGCUGCAAACACCAUCAAGAGCUUCCCGUUCCUUCUGAGCAAGGGCACCACUGUGCACGUUCCCAUGAUGCAACAGACGGAGCUGUUUGCUUUUGGAGUGGACAGAGAGCUGGGCUGCACUGUGCUACAGCUGGACUACAGGGGAGAUGCCGUGGCCUUCUUCAUCCUCCCUGGCAAGGGCAAGAUGUGGGAGCUGGAGAAGAGCCUGUCAGCCAGGAGGCUGAGAAAGUGGAGCCGCUCACUCCAGAAGAGGUGGAUCAAGGUGUUCAUCCCCAAAUUUUCCAUUUCUGCUUCCUACAACCUGGAAACUAUCCUCCCCAAAAUGGGGAUCCGCGACGCCUUUGACGCAAAUGCUGACUUUUCCGGAAUUACAAAGACACGCUUCCUGCAGGUUUCUAAAGUUGCUCACAAGGCUGUGCUAGACGUCAGUGAAGAGGGGACAGAAGCCGCGGCUGCCACCACCACCAAGCUUAUAGUCCGCUCAAGAGACACCCCUUCUUCGGUCAUCUCCUUCAACGAGCCCUUCCUGAUACUGCUUUUAGAUAAAAGUACAGACUCCCUUCUCUUUCUAGGGAAAGUGGAAAAUCCCACGAAGAUGUAGGUGGGAAGUGAACUGUUGCCUGGUCUCACACUGGUGAUGCACAAGAAAUAAGGCAUAUAUUAGGUGGUGCUUGCUGGGUGAUACCAAGACUUGCUUCUUUGCUUGAGGCUCUCUUGACCCCGACAGGGGUACAUUUGCCUCAGGGAUGGCACUCUGGAGCCCAGGGAUGGGCUCAAUCAGCCCAGUGGCAACCAACAGAGCCUGGUCCCCCCAACAGUGGUCCCUCUCACUUGUUCUCCCACACAGCCUUUUCUGGGACAAUGGCAGGGCAGGGGCGGGGGGGGGGGUGUCCAUCCCUCCGAGCUCUCGGGAAUGAUGGCACACAGAGCUCUGUGUCCUGACUUUUAUCGCUGGCUUCCAGCUCUGCAUUCAAUAAACCUGAGAUGUGAACAUAGUGACCACAGACCCCGCCCCACCCCCUUCACCAGGGUCCUAUCUGAGAGUGAGGCAGGGCUCACCUCUGAGUGGCCGGGUUGUCAGUCUUGAUGCUCUCAUUAGUUCAGCCUAUUGAGCUCUUCAAGGACAAGGUUCCUGACAUGCUGGGUCUAGAUGGGAGAGAGAGACAUUCAAUAGGGAUGAAAUGAAGCUGUGGAUAAAGAGGUUGUGAAAAAUUCAGGUAAGUGCCAUGAAGAUUGUACAGGACAGUCAGGAAACUCACAGGAGAGGCAAGAGAGUGUUAUGGGGUUCUGCAGUGAGCCAGUACCAGAGGGACAGUGGGGAGGCCCUGUGGCUGGAGCAUCAUCCGUCAGAGAUGCACAGGUAGACACUGGCACUCAGGUAAAUGGAGAGAGGAUUGCAUAGGAACGCACACUUCCCAGGAAGACCACCUAAACCAGGGAAGGGAUGGAAACAGCAAGCCCACAGGGUUUCUGGGGCAGGCACAUAGCGAGUGUCAAUGCAGUAUGGGUUGUCAAGACCUCUCCAAAUGCAGUCACCUUUUCGGUCCUGUGACACAGCCCUCAAGCACGCAACCUCUCCCUGGCUGUGGCUGUUUGUAGUGACAACAGUCGGGUGUAUCCUGAAGGCCGCACUGAAUGCCCUGGGACCAGUGAGCUGCCUUUGCCUCAUUCCCCACGGUCCCUUCUGCCCCCACUGCCAGGUGUCCCAUGUGGGCUCCUGGCCACUUCAUUUCUCAGCACUGACGUGUCCCAUACAGCCUCCAGCAAAGCUGGAGUUCCUUUUAUGGAAGUACUUGUGCUCCACCACCCCACAUGUGUCACACAGGGACCCCAGGCUGGCUUCCCCAUGCUCUGUCACACAGAAAGAAACAGACCAGAAAGAUUUAGGCUUAGGACUACCACCUGCUUUCAGAAGGAAGUCAGGUGGGGUGCCCUCUGCUGGACAGGAAGCAAAACGCAGGUAGCAAGGCUUGAAUGUUGCAUGGGCUGGCCCAUGACUUCAAAAUCAUCAUCUACAGAAUGUCAAGAAUGACUAACCCUGGCAUGAGUGUUUCACCCAAGACAACUAACAAUAUUCUAAAGGCAUAUAUAGUAAUCGAGCCCAGGGUGACUAGAUCAUCAGAACAAACAGAUUCCCAGUCCUGAACCCAGAGCACCAGGCACUAGCCUGCUCAUACAAUUCCAGAGGCAUAUAUGUAUGAUGUUUUAGGCUGUGAUGGAUAGAAUUGAUUGUCAGCUAAACAAAGAGAAGCUUUCUGGGUGUGUUUUCGAGAGGGUUAUGUAGAUGUGAUCCAGUGAGGUAGAAAGGCUUAAUGUGAAGGGAUGCCAUUCUUUGGGCUAAGGUCUCUGACUAAAUAUAAAGAAGAAACCCAGACACAAGCAUUUAUUGCUCUCUUCUUCCUGGCUAUGAAUGCAAUGUGACCCCCUGACUCUAGCUCCGGCCACUGAGACGUCUCUGAAAUGUACCUCGAACCAAGAAGCAGAAGGAACCUUUGCUUUCUUAAUCUGUUUUUGUCAGGCUGAUUUCUGGCCACAGCAACAAGCCAAGCUCUGCAUCUUACACACCAGGCAUCUCCUCAACAGAACAUCUUCCUUUCUCCAUUUAACCAUUCAUUGCUCUCACUGGGUAUUCUCCUUGGCUACGGUGUGCAGAAUAUGGGCUCUCCAGUGCUAAUCAGCCUUCAGGGUGGAUGGUUGAGCCAACUGCAUGGCAACUACCUAAGCACCUUAGAAUGUAAAUAAACACAAUGGCCACCCAUUCCUGUCUGUGCAGGAAUAUUUAAAAAAGCAUUGUAGACCAUGUGGGCACCCUGCCCAGGGCACCAGGCUGUUGGAAUUUCUAAGUGGAUGUCCGUUCUUCACCACCUACUCAGUGAAUCAGUCUGCAGGCAUUUAACUGAACUGAGCACCUACUAUGGGCAGAAGCAGCCCUGAGGCUGGGGUGUGCUGAAGAAUCAAUCACUCCCACAUUGUGGAGUUUGCAGUGACGCAGAAGGAGGAGAGGAAGGCAUUGGGAAGGUUAGCAAGUACAGUGAUAUGGCUUCAACUUGUGUCUCUGCCCUGCAGCGCACAGACAUGGGUUAGAGCUGUUUCUGGGGUCUGACACUGGGGACCUCACAUGCAACACAGGUACCCAGCAUGCAGGCAAGAGGUAGAAGGGACCAAGCUCAGGAUGGAGGACUACAGAGGGGGUUUCAGUUCAGGCUUUCUCAGGCAGAGUGGAAAGGCAGUCCUGCCCAGCCCAGCCCCUGACUGUGCAUCCUUUGGGACUCUGUUGAAUCUCCAUGUGCUUCAUCCGCCCUCUUAAGAAUCCAUGGUGCCCAUGUCAUUGGGUUGUCAAAUGAGCAAACACACUGUGAAUCCUGAGGAAGACUCAUCCCAGAUAAUCAGUUCCGAGUGAGCACUGCCCGCAAAUACUGUUGCUCUUAUCACAGCUAACAUCCGGAAGAUGAGAAGCAAAGAUGUUUCUGUAAGCUGAUUCCCCACCUGAGAGCUGUGGAGAAAGGCAGACAUUUAUGCAGAAUGUCAUCCUGGCUCCUGCCCACCACCCACCUCCCUGCUUCCCCAUCCUCAGAGGCAUCCAUGAUACCCGACACCUGGCCUCCUCCAUCCUACCUGGAGCUCAGAAUUGGCUGCCGAAGAGGGUGCCCUUCUGCUCGGUGGUGCAUGCUUGCUUUCCAGUGAUAACACAGCCCCUCUCUGCAGCCCAAAGGAGCCCUUGCAUAAUGAGUUUGGGGGACAGUGAUCAUGUCAUCUGCUUUGUGAUGGCUGUGAAGAGUGGUGUGAUAACAUGGAGCAGGUGUGUGGCACGGGAUCCAGUGUGUGGUACAGGCUCUGCUCAGCACAGGGAUGGCCAUUGUUGCUGUCCAAAGUCACAAGCCACUUGUUCAGAAGUUGCUUAUAAGUCACAUUGCCUUCCUCCUCUGUCACGGGUGACCAUGCCAUA